GAAGUCAGUCAUGUCAUGAAACCAAAGGAGAGCAGAGAUCGAUCAUAAAAAAAAAACACACACAAAAGGCAGACCAGAGAACACAACCGGAAACCCAAAGCCAAUUCGUCACUGUCGAAACCCCAUCGUCAUCACUGUCGAAAUUAUUUCAGUAGCAAACGGCAUAUUCGAUCACUCUUUCCUUUCCACUCGGAGGAGAAGCAGAGCAGUGCAACUUUCAGUCCAAACCCUAAGCCAAAAUGAUGAAAUCAGGGUAAGGUUCGAUGCAUCGUGAAUGGAAGGGUGGUACUGUUAACAGGAAUUCUAUUUUUCCUCAGCAUGUAUGGGUUACAUAAUAAUUGAAGAUGGUGUGAAGGAACUUCACUUGCAACUGAUUAGAUCAGACCAACUCCAGGGAGCCGAGCUAAAUCUGAGAUUUGUUGCAUUUACUUGUUCACUUUGGGUGGGGUGAUGCAUCCUGCGUUAAUUCGUGGAUCUCUCUGCUGGUUUAUUUUGUCUGGUCAUGUUUUUUUAUCAGCGCUUUCCUUAAGUUCAGAUGAGUCGCAAAACAGGUUAACUAUCUACUCUAGUUCCUUGCUACACAAUGGUUCUGAUAUCAGCUCCUCGAUCUAUUUUCAGACGUCAGGUUAUUCUGUGUCGACUAGUUCUGUAUCUUGUGAGGAACUGGAAGGUGUUGGAUCAUUCAACACCACUUGCCUUCUGAAUUCGAACUUGUAUUUAAAUUCGGAUCUUUAUGUAUUUGGUGCUGGAAACUUAAAGAUACUCCCAAAUGUUUCAAUUUUAUGUCCAUUAGAAGGCUGUUUGAUAAACUUAAAUUUAUCGGGAAAUGUUAAAGUGGGUCAAUAUGCAGCUAUUGUUGCCGGUUCUGUAACUAUUGCUGCAGCCAAUCUGACUAUGGAACAUGGUUCUUCUAUAAACACGACAUCAUUGGGCGGAUCACCACCUUCUCAAACUAGUGGUACACCAUUUGGCCUUGAUGGAGCUGGUGGAGGGCAUGGUGGCCGAGGUGCCUCCUGCUUGAAAAGCAAUCGAACAAAUUUUUGGGGGGGAGAUGUUUAUGCUUGGUCUACUUUGUCCAAACCGUGGAGUUAUGGGAGCAAGGGUGGUGGCACUACUGCUGGACGUCAGUUUGGGGGUAGUGGUGGAGGAUGUGUUAUGCUUGAAGUGAAGGACAUGCUCUUUUUUAAUGGAUCUGUAACUGCAGAAGGAGGGGAUGGAGGACCUAAUGGGGGAGGGGGUUCUGGUGGAAGCAUUAUCAUUCAUGCCUUGAAGCUGAAAGGGUUUGGUACCAUAAGUGCUGCAGGAGGGAGGGGGUGGGGUGGAGGCGGAGGCGGAAGAAUAUCACUGAACUGUUACAGCAAACAAGAGGACGUAAAAGUGACGGUACAUGGUGGUUUCAGUAUUGGCUGCCCUUGGAAUUCAGGAGCAGCAGGAACUUACUUUGAUGCCUCUGUGCGGAGUUUAAGAGUUGGGAAUGACAAUAUUACUACAGAAACUGAGACUCCCUUGCUGGAUUUUCCCACAAGUCCAUUGUGGUCAAAUGUUUAUGUUGAGAACAAUGCAAAAGUUUUGGUGCCUCUGCUAUGGACAAGAGUUCAGGUGAGAGGUCAAAUUAGUUUACUUAGCGGGAGCAGCAUUAUCUUUGGACUGUCUGAGUAUCCAAUCUCGGAGUUUGAGGUUGUAGCAGAAGAACUUUUGAUGAGUGAUUCCAGUAUAAAGGUUUAUGGUGCAUUCAGAGUCUCUGUCAAAAUGUUACUCAUGUGGAACUCCAGAAUCCAAAUCGAUGGUGGUGGAACUGUUACUACUUCCAUCCUUGAAGUGAGGAAUCUCGUUGUUCUUACGUUUGAUCCCUUUUCUUUGCAGGAAAACUCAGUCAUCAGUUCGAACAAAAAUUUGGCUGUGUAUGGUCAGGGAUUUCUGAAGUUGACCGGACAUGGUGAUGCAAUUAAAGGCCAGCGACUUUCCUUGUCACUGUUUUAUAACAUUACUGUUGGGCCAGGUUCUCUACUCCAAGCUCCAUUGGAUGACGAUAAUAGUAAGAGCAUGGUAACUAAAUCGCUUUGUGAGAGUCCCUCAUGUCCAGUGGAUUUAAUAACACCACCUGAUGAUUGCCAUGUUAAUUACACGCUGUCGUUUUCACUGCAAAUUUGCCGGGUCGAGGACAUUCUUGUGAAUGGCCUCAUUAAGGGGAGUAUCAUCCACAUUCACAGGGCAAGGACUGUCAUUGUUGAUACUGGUGGCAUGAUAAGUGCAUCAGAAUUUGGAUGCAGAAAAGGUAUUGGUAGGGGCAACUAUUCGAAUGGUGCUGGUGGUGGGGCUGGACAUGGGGGGAGCGGGGGCUCAGGGAUUUUCAAUGGGAUGGUGGCUAAAGGUGGCAAUAUAUAUGGUGAUGCUGAUCUACCUUGUGAGUUAGGAAGUGGAACUGAGGGCCCUAAUGACUCUAAUGGAAACGUGGCUGGAGGCGGAAUAAUAGUGUUGGGAUCCAUGCAGUGGCCUCUUUUAAGGCUCCAAAUAAAUGGCUCUAUGAGUACUGAUGGUCAAAGCUGUGCAAAACCAACAAAAAACGGCAAUGGUACUUUGAUUGGUGGGCUUGGUGGUGGUUCUGGUGGGACAAUUCUUCUUUUUCUUCAAGCACUUGUCCUUCAGGAGAACUCCUCUUUAUCUGUCAAUGGUGGCCAUGGUGGUCCUCUUGGUGGUGGUGGUGGUGGUGGUGGAAGAGUCCACUUUCACUGGUCCAAGAUAUAUGUGGGGGACGAAUAUGUUCCUCUGGCAAGUAUAAGUGGAACCAUCAACACCAGUGGGGGUGCUGGGGAUGCUGGCGGUCUUCAUGGAGAAGAGGGGACUGUUACAGGACAGAAGUGCCCUAAGGGUCUCUUCGGUACAUUCUGCCAGGAAUGCGCCAUUGGCACUUACAAAGAUGUCGAAGGCUCCAAUGCAAGUCUGUGCACUCCUUGUUCCCUCAAGAUUCUUCCAAAUCGUGCAAGUUUUAUAUAUGUACGAGGGGGAGUGACUCGGCAUUCUUGCCCCUAUAAAUGUAUGUCAGAGAAGUACAGGAUGCCAAACUGCUAUACACCUCUUGAAGAUCUGAUUUACACAUUCGGAGGGCCUUGGCCUUUUGCACUUUCGCUGUCAUGUAUUUUGGUGCUUGUAGCUCUGUUGUUAAGUACUUUGCGAAUCAAAUAUGUUGGGUCAGAUUCUUCGUAUCUCACUGCUAAUUCAAUUGACCGCCAAAGUCAUCACCAUUUGCCUUCUCUCCUUUCCCUAUCAGAGGUACGGGGGACCAGAGCUGAAGAAACUCAAAGUCAUGUUCACAGAAUGUACUUCAUGGGUCCCAAUACUUUCAGGGAACCCUGGCAUCUUCCUUACUCUCCUCCCAAUGCAAUUAUCGAGAUCGUGUAUGAAGACGCUUUUAACAGAUUUAUUGAUGAGAUCAAUUCUGUUGCUGCAUAUGAUUGGUGGGAAGGUUCGGUGCACAGCAUACUAUCUGUACUUGCGUAUCCUUGUGCGUGGUCCUGGAAUCAGUGGCGUAGGAGGAAUAAAAUCCAUCGCCUUCAGGAAUUUGUGAAAUCAGAAUAUGAUCAUUCUUGUCUGAGAUCAUGCCGGUCACGAGCUCUAUACAAAGGAAUGAAGGUUGGAGCUACCCCAGACUUGAUGGUUGCGUACAUUGAUUUCUUCCUUGGUGGUGAUGAGAAGCGUUUAGACAUGGUAACAAUUAUACAGAAGAGAUUUCCGAUGUGGAUAAUUUUUGGUGGGGAUGGCAGCUAUAUGUCACCCUAUAAUCUUCAUAGCGACAUGCUAUUGACAAAUCUUCUUGGCCAGCAUGUCCCUGUAACUGUCUGGAAUCGCUUGGCAGCUGGCUUGAAUGGCCAAUUAAGGACAGUUAGGCAUGGGGCCAUUCGUUCUGCUUUAGUCCCUGUUAUUAGUUGGAUCCGAAGUCAUGGAAACCCACAGCUUGAGUUCCAUGGAGCUAGAAUUGAGCUUGGAUGGUUUCAGGCUACUGCUACUGGCUAUUACCAGCUUGGUAUCUUGGUAGUGGUUGGUGAUUACUCUUUCAACAUUCUGCAUCAAUAUGAUUUAUCAGACAAAAGUCGUGAUGAGUGUCCAAGGGAAGCUGGGGCUGCAACACAGAAAAGUCAUCAGAAACUGCAUCAGAUUAAUCAAACAAGUAAUGCAUUAUCACGCAAGAGGAUAUCAGGUGCAGUUAAUGGAGGUCUAAUAAAUGAUGCGACUGUGAAAUCUUUGGAUGUUAGAACAGACUUUCUACUCCCACUUUCCCUAUUAUUGCACAACACAAGACCUGUUGGACGUGAGGAUACCGUACAGUUGUUGAUUUCUAUCAUUCUUUUGGCAGACCUUUCCGUCACCCUCCUUACGUUGCUCCAAUUCUAUUGGAUAUCUCUUGGGGCUUUUCUCGCUGUUUUGCUUAUUCUUCCUCUGUCCUUGCUUUCUCUCUUCCCAGCAGGCUUAAAUGCCAUAUUCAGUAAAGGGCCUAGAAGAUCUUCACUUGCUCGGGUCUACGCUUUAUGGAAUGCUACCUCUCUGUCAAAUGUUGUUGUGGCUUUCAUAUGUGGCAUUUGUUACUAUGGAUUUUCCUCUUUGCAGCCACCUGAAGAAGCAAACAUGUCAAAUGCAAAAAGGGAGGAUGACAGGUGGUGGCUUCUACCCUCCAUCCUGCUACUAUUCAAGUCGGUACAAGCUCGUUUUGUUGAUUGGCACAUUGCAAAUCUCGAAGUUCCAGAUUUCUCUCUGUUCAGUCCAGAUCCUGAUACCUUUUGGGUGCACGAGUCUAGCUAACACAAAAGUGACUUAGUUGUGAUGCCAACAAUGAGCCUCUUGCAUUGUAAAUAUGCGCAAAUUUAAAGGAAACGUCUAUAUACGUUGGAGGAUAUUAUUUAAAGCAGGUACAUAGGGGUUUCUUCAUUCUUUAUUCAAUGUUACGCUACCCAGAAUGGAAUUUUAGAGUAUUUCACUAAAAUGAUUUGAGCUCAAGUUACUUUGUAAA